GAUUUCUUUCUUAAAUUUAAAACUGCAUUUGAAAAAUGAAAACAGAGACGACUGCAAAAACAGACGAGGGCACAGUGCAAUUGCAUAAUGUGCGCUUCUAUACAAUCAAACCACGCGCCAUAAGCAGCAUGGCGUAUAGCAAGGAGCUCAAGACUUUGGCGGUCAGCCGCGAGGAGGGCCCCAUUGAGCUGUGGAACAUGCAGUAUGCGCCUUAUUUGCAGCAAGUUAUACAUUUGGAGGAGAGCUCAACAGUGGAGGCGGUGGCGUGGGCAGGCAAGCGUCUGUUCUCUGUAGGACUAACAGGCAAGCUUAUAGAAUGGAAUCUGAAUGAGCUGCAGCCGCGCUUUGAAAUGUCACCCACGGGCAAUGCUCUGUGGUGUUUGUCCAUACAUGUGGAGCAAAACAUUUUAGCUGUAGGCUCGGAGGAGGGACAUAUUAAUAUACUCAGCAUAGAGAACGAAGAGCUCAGCUAUAAAACGCUGUUCAACAAGCAAAAGGAACGCGUGCUCUGCUGUGAGUUUGACAAGCCAGGCGAGCGGCUAGUGACAGGCUCCCCAGGAGCUGUGCGCAUUUGGAGCGUGGCCAAGGGACAUGUGCUGCAUACAAUGACGCUGGCACAAAAGGAUUACAUUGCGUAUACAGUGCGCGUGCUAAGCAACAAUACGAUUAUAGCUGGUGACUCAGCGGGAAAUGUCACCGUAUGGGAUGCCAAUCUGGCUACACAGAUUGAUACGUACAAAGUGCUGGAUGCCAAGCUGUUCGCUUUGGCUGUGAAUGAGCGUGAGGAUCGUUUAGUUUGCAGCGGCAUGGAGCCACCGCUAAUACGCGUGCUGGGCAAAACACAAAUCAAGCGAGAAGCAAGCACCACUGAGCGUUGGAUUAAGUAUUUGCAGCGUGAUGUGCACAAGCAUUAUGUCAAGUCGCUGGUGCUCAUAGGCGAUCGCAUUAUAUCCGGCGGUGAAGAUGGCAACUUGUGUGUGUCACGUUUGAGCAAAUCGCGCGCUUAUUGCACGCGGCAUGCGCCUUUUUUGCAUGGACGCUGCGCUACGCUGGCAGCUGAGUCGCAGCUGCUGCUGCUGCGUUAUGCGCAGAGUAUGCAUUUGUGGCGUCUUGGCUCAGCAAAGUCGCUGGAUGAGCUACAAAUGCUGCCACACAUAUUCGAGGAGCAGCAGCUGCAGCAGACGCCGGAAAAGCUGCUGGAGCUGAAAGUGCCAAGCAGUCAGCAAAUAGUUGCGGGCGCGCUGUCGCCAGACAACAAGUGGAUUUGUUACGCCACUAAGCAGGAGACGCGACUUUAUAGUCUGCAGCUGGAGCCGCUGCAGCUGCAACGCUUGCCACAGCAGGAGCUGCCUGAGGAAUUUGCGCCAGCGAGCUUUAUAAUCUUUGAUAAAAAAGACAAACUUUAUUUGUUGUGCAACAAGCAACUGCGCUGCUUUGAGCUGCAGCAAGCAGCGCCGCAGCUGCUAUACAGCCUGGAUCUAAGUCCGCAUGUGGCAUCACCUGUAACACACUUGGAGUUGUCAGCUUGUGGCAAGCAGCUAGCUGUAGCUACAAUGAGCAGCUCCAUAAGCAUUUGGCAGCUGAGCUUAAAGUCUGCAAAGCAUUUGCUGACUUUGCCGAAUUAUCACGCAUGCGCUACGGCGCUGGCGCUGCGUGCGGACACGCCAUGCGUAGCUGUAGCCUAUGCCGAUGGUCGUUUGGUGGAAUACAACUUCAAGGAGCGUCACUUUGUAUGCGAAUCAACCAAACACUUUGUGCCCAAUUCACGCUUUCAAUGCAUACGCAGCAUUUUGUUUGAUGCGCAUAAUCCAAAGAUUAUUCUGGUGCAUAAUGAAGUGUUGAUCUAUGUGCUGGAAAGCUACGAUCCACGCGAGGAACUGGAGCAGCAGCAGCCAGCCAAAACAACGCGCCUAAGCAAAUCGAUUGAAAUUGAAAGCAAGUUGCACAACUAUCGACUUAAAAUGCGCUUCAAUCGUGAGCACAUGCUGCAACUUUGCCGUCUGGACGAUCAGCAGCUCAUUGCCAUUGGUGUGCACAAUCGACAUUUGUUGGCGCCACUGCCGGCGCCAUAUCAACGCAAAAAGUUCGGCGAAUCUUAAGUCUCUUAAGUUUAAUUCCUACAACUGUACAUAGUUUUAAAACUGCAAUGUUAAGCUUCAAUUUGUCAAAUAUAUAUCCCUAU